AAACGUAAAGGAAAAACGUCCAUGUCAGCCACCAUACGUGUGUUUAAUGCGUGGGACAUGAAGUGAUGCGUGACAGCGGGCGUUGAUUUCGCCUUUUUGUGUGUUGAAAUCAAACUUGAGGUUAUUUGGGGAGCCAGCUGACUCGCGCUGGAGCGAUGAAGGGAGAGGCGGAAGUGAAGUCACUUGACAGACCGUCCAUGUUAUUAUUGUUAUUUUGGUAGCCCUGCGAUGAGACGGGCUGGGGAGCCGCUGGUCUCCGAGACAACGAGCAUUGACGUUACCGCAGGCCGCCCCGGACCGACACCACCACCACCCUCGCUGACCCGGAGACAGGAGCCUCGCUGACGGCUGGGGGGUGGGAGGGAGGAGGGUGUGAGGACCCAGCUUCAGCUCGGCUCCUACACUACACUUCGGCCGACCAAAAAUAAAACGGCGACAAAAACAAUAACGGUGUUCGACUGGUGACUGCGCGGCUGGUAUCAGGGACGUGCCGCCGCAGACAUGAACGGUAUCACCAAGGGCCGGUUCGAGGUGUUCUCAAACAGCGAUGAAGCCCCCAUUAACAAGAAGCUCCCCAAAGAGCUUCUUCUUAGAAUAUUCUCCUAUCUGGAUGUGGUUACACUCUGUAGGUGUGCCCAAGUAUCUAAGGCAUGGAACGUCCUGGCUCUAGAUGGUAGUAAUUGGCAGAAGAUUGACUUGUUCAACUUCCAGACAGACAUAGAGGGCCGGGUGGUGGAGAACAUUUCCAAGCGAUGUGGUGGCUUCCUGAGGCAGCUGAGCCUCCGGGGCUGCCUAAGCGUGGGAGAUGCCUCUAUGAAGACGUUUGCUCAGAACUGCAGAAACAUCGAAGUGUUGAACUUGAACGGCUGCACCAAGAUCACAGACAGCACCUGUCUCAGCCUCAGCAAGUUCUGCUCCAAACUCAAACAGCUCGAUCUCACCUCCUGUGUGUCCAUCAGCAACCACUCCCUCAAGGCCCUCAGUGAUGGAUGCAGAAUGCUGGAGAUGUUGAACCUGUCAUGGUGUGACCAGAUAACACGCGAUGGAAUCGAGGCUCUGGCUAGAGGGUGCAAUGGUAUACGAGCACUGUUCCUCAGAGGCUGCACACAGCUGGAUGACGGAGCUUUAAAACACCUUCAGAAACACUGCCCAGAACUCACAACCAUCAAUAUGCAGUCUUGCACACAAAUAACAGAUGAAGGCUUGGUCAGUCUUUGCCGAGGAUGCCACAAGCUGCAGAUCCUUUGUGUGUCUGGCUGCAGCAAUAUCACCGAUGCCUCCCUCACUGCAAUGGGACUCAACUGUCCCCGACUUAAGAUCCUUGAAGCUGCACGAUGCUCUCAUGUUACAGAUGCUGGGUUCACUGUGCUGGCCAGGAAUUGUCAUGAGCUUGAAAAAAUGGACCUAGAAGAAUGUAUUUUGGUGACAGAUAACACCCUGGUUCAGCUGUCUAUCCACUGCCCUCGCCUGCAAGCCCUGUCCCUGUCCCACUGCGAGCUGAUCACAGACGACGGCAUCAGAGCUCUGAGCAGCAGUACCUGUGGACAAGAGCGCCUCACAGUGGUGGAGCUGGACAACUGCCCCCUCAUUACUGAUGUGACCCUGGAGCACCUGAAGACCUGCCAUCGCCUGGAGCGCAUCGAGCUGUACGACUGUCAGCAAGUCACCAGGGCAGGGAUCAAGCGCAUACGGGCUCACCUUCCAGAGAUCAAGGUCCACGCCUACUUUGCUCCUGUGACACCUCCUCCCUCUGUACAUGGAGGUGGCCAGCGUCUGUGCCGCUGCUGCAUCAUCCUCUGACAGUGGAGGGCCAGGGGGGGCCACCUCUGUCUACAGGUCCUGCUGCUCUGAUUGGGCUGAAAUAGGGUUGGGGGUGGGGGACUGGGGUAGGUGAAGGGGAGAGGAGGGGCUGGACCCACUCACUGCUCCUGAUCACUGAUCACUACAUAGACUGAUCACCACUGAUCCCUGAUCAGCAAGACCUGCCCCUCCUCUCUCCUCUCACACACUGAUCAGCUGCCCCUGGGGUUUGGGCGUGAAGGGGUGGAGGGAAAGAAAACGGGUGGAUGGAUGGACUGUCUCUUUUUCUCUUCAGUCUCAUUCUCUCUUCCUUGCUGCAAAGACAAAAACAGGUUCUCCACUCCACUCCUCUCCUCACACCCCUGACUCCCCACCUACGGGCGGAGAGGACUGCAACUGGACAGUUGGAAAUGGAGGAGAGGGGGGGACAGUGGAACUACAAUGCAUCUAAAAAAAAUUUGACGAUCUUGUCAUCGUGGACAAGAGUUUACUCAUCUCAACCAAUCACAUGACACCUCUAUGUGACCAUCCUGUGAUUCAUUCUGCUUUGACCAAUACACAUCAAGCAUGAAGGUAGAGGAAAGCUGGAUUGUGGGAAACGCAGUAUUCUGGAUUUAAAAAAACACAGACGCUUUGGCACAGCUGGUUUAACUCUCCAGUGCAGAAGAUUUGAGAGUUAAACAGGACAUAAAGAACAGAACAUGUGACAUAUUUGUGCAUCUGAGAAACUUUUUGUUGAGAUUUCGAUUCUGUUCCCACAGAGAAUGUUUUGCAAUGGAAAAAAAAGAAUCACAGAUAUGGCGACUCACUUGAAAUUGGAGUAAGCCAAGAAAAAUUAUUUUAUUUCUUUUCUUUUCAGUGCUUAUUGUAAAUGUCCAUGCCUGUCUUAUCCAGAGGGGAAGAUGUGUGUGUCAUUCUUUUUUUAAAGAAAAAGAAGAAACUGUUGGACCUAUGAUUCAGACCCUCAGCGUCUAAAAGGGUUACAUGGACUCUGUGUGCUACUGGGAUGAGUGGCCUCUCCUGUGUAUUGGUCACGUUGGCUUGUAGGCCCUGAUCCAAUCCUGUCAGUAGCCCUGCGCACUAGCUCCUACUUGACGACUUAAGCAUUUGUUUACAUCCUGGAUUAGCUUAGCACUACAGAAAAACUUGUUUACAUGAGUAGGCCUCCAGUCUCCCUACUAUUCAGAGUGAGUUUAGUAACAUUGAUGCAACUGUGGUUUACCCAUUGUUGAUAACUGGACUGUGUAGUAAGUUAUUGACAUUUUUGAUUGUGUAAUAGGACAUCAAUCAGGGUUUAAGGUGCAACUUUGCUUCAAAUUAAAUGAAAUUAUUCUUAAAGAUGAAAUGAUAACUAUGACACUGUAAGCAAAUGUACCUCAACUUUUUGACAAUCAUGUGCAUUUAUGUAUUGGACCUUUAAUUCGGUGUAGUUCUGUUUAAUUGGCAAUUACUGAUAAUACUGAUAACGUAGGAUAUAAUUAAUUGUAUCUGCUCAAUAUACUCCAAUGCUCCAAGCAGUGCAUAAGGAAUAUUGAAACAAAGGAUUUGCAAUAAUUCUUGUGAGAUACACCGGUCUAUUUUGUUAUUGUUUGAUAUGCAACAAUUUUCUGCACUCCCAAUCCUAGGUUGUAUGCACUAAAUGGAAUGCUUCAAUACCAACAGUGUGUUUCACUAUAAACAGACAGUCUUUCUAUCAGAACAAGAUGAGAUAGCAGAGCAACAUAUUUAUGGGGCAUGCAAUACUACUUUUCAAAGUAUUGAAAAUACCACAAAACAGAAGCAGCUUGCAACACUGUGCUUUACAAAAGACUGGCAAGUACUGUGUAGUUGCCAAGUGCUCAACGACUGGGGAGACUGGCAGGACUAUGGAUAGGACUGAACUAAAGAAAGCAGAUAGAAAGUUGACUCAGAUGGACCCAGAAACUUAGCUGACUUGACUGGCUGUGAUACUAAUGCCCUCUCUUUGACAGCUGUUUUAACAAUUUUAUGUUUAAGAAAAUAAAGAAAUAAAUGAAAAAAUAAAGAAAUGAAUAAAUAAAAGUGACUAAUAAUAAAUGUG